UGCAUUAUGGUCGCCCUGGGGGACAAGAAUAUCACCCAGAGCAGAGAGAAGAUGGCGGCGUCGGGCAGCAACACGUGCGACGGCGACCUUGAGUUCGAUAAGUGGAAUAUACAGGAGUUAAAAUUAUUUCUGUCGAACCGAGAAGUCCCAUCAAGUGACAAAAACAAACAUGAACUUAUUCGUCUAUGCAAGAAGGCGCAGCUUUUGUCUCUACCAAAGGGAUCGGGAAUCAGUGACCCCGGCCACACCCGAUACAUCGAGCAAAAACUGAUCUUGGAUGGGCCUUAUAAGGUUACCAAAUCCUUCUUCUUCGUCUUUGGCAGCAGGCAAGAAAACAAGGAUAUGAACAUCAAAACAGCGGGAAAGGAGGCGCUGCGAGACGGAAAAAGUCUGCACCUCUCUGGGCACGUGUGCAAUCUGCAAGUCCAUGGAGUACACGUGGACAGCCCGUACUGUUUCAUCCGCUGCAAAGCUGUCAGGGAGACAAGUGUCUCACUGCCUCCAUACGACACAUGGAUAAUUGUACACAAGAGAAGAAACAUCAUUGUUGAUGGCUACUGUUCCUGUCCUGGAGGUAUUCAAGGGACCUGCAAGCACAUUGCAGCGCUGUGUCACACUGUUAUUGAAACAGUUGCCAGAGGUGAUAACAAAGCAGUGACUGAGAAAGUCCAAGCCUGGCAUGCACCAUCGAAGAAGCCACAUAAGCCAGACUUCGUAAAGGACAUAACCAUCCGAAAAGUCAAAGGUGAUUGUGGACUGGAAGAAGACAGCAACCACACAAAACGUACAAGAUACAACAAUGAUCCCAGGGCAGUUGAGGACAGACAGGACAAGACUCUCCAGGACCUGGAGUUAGAGGGACUCAGGGUGGCAACAAAUGCAUCUCCUGAGAGGAUAUAG